GACGCAGGGUCGGCGGCUCGGCGCGGCGGAGACAAAGCCGCCCGCCCGCCAGCCCGGUCGCUCCUCGUCGGAGCUCCUCCUCCGCGGGCGCCUCCCUCCCCUCCCAGGCGCCGCUGCCGCCGCCGCCGCCGCCGCCGGAGCGGCUCCCGGGCCCUCGGCCGCCGCCGGCCAGAAAGAAAUACUUGUGCUGGCUGCGUUUCCAGGGAUGUUUCCAGAGCUCAAGGCUGUUUGCCCGUUCUGCCCAGAAGUGCCACUCUUAGAGGCAGGACUCGAUGAAGGCUUUCCGGCUGAUGGAGUGGGUUUGCGAGAGUCGGCCUUGGAAUUAGAACCCUUCAUAUGGCCUUUAUAAACAUGCGUUUGAGACAAGCGUUUUGUGCAGAAGCCGAAAAUGCCUGGAAGAUUUCUUGUUUCUCUCACUACUUUUCCAGCCUUUUUGCAUCUCUGCCUGAUUUGGAUGAUAUGAUAUUCAGAGGGGCACCUUAAUCGAAGCCGUUCCUCAACAAGACACAUCUGGCAGAAGAUAGUACGUGUAAUUCAAGAUGGCCAGCCAGCCACCCGAAGACGCUGCGGAGUCUCAGGUCUCUGAUGAGCUCGAGUGCAAGAUCUGUUAUAACCGAUACAAUCUGAAACAGAGGAAACCCAAAGUGCUGGAGUGUUGUCACAGGGUUUGUGCCAAAUGCCUCUACAAGAUCAUAGAUUUUGGGGACUCCCCACACGGUGUCAUCGUCUGUCCUUUCUGCAGGUUUGAGACAUGCCUGCCGGAUGAUGAAGUUAGCAGCCUGCCCGAUGACAACAACAUCCUCGUAAACUUGACUUGUGGAGGCAAGGGGAGGAAGUGCCUGCCAGAGAACCCCACCGAGCUGCUGCUGACCCCCAAAAGGCUGGCCUCUCUGGUCAGUCCUUCCCACACGUCCUCCAACUGCCUGGUCAUCACCAUCAUGGAGGUGCAGAGAGAGAGCUCCCCAUCUCUAAGCUCCACUCCCGUGGUAGAAUUCUACAGGCCUGCAAGCUUCGACUCUGUCACCACUGUGUCACACAACUGGACCGUGUGGAACUGCACGUCCCUGCUGUUCCAGACAUCUAUCCGGGUGUUAGUGUGGUUGCUAGGUCUUCUGUACUUCAGCUCCUUACCCUUGGGGAUCUACUUACUGGUAUCUAAGAAAGUCACCCUCGGGGUCGUCUUUGUCAGCCUGGUCCCUUCAAGCCUGGUUAUUCUUAUGGUGUACGGUUUCUGCCAAUGUGUUUGUCAUGAAUUUCUAGACUGUAUGGCACCUCCUUAAUCAAUAUGCAAAAUAACAAAUUUGACACACAUUGCCAUGUGUGAAGUUAGGUACUUUAUAAUUUAGUUUCUUUUAUGUUCUUUAUGAUUAGUGUCCAUGACAUUAACAGAGCCC